GUUUUUUACACUUCAAUCAAAAGUAGACGUAAUUUAUGUGACAAUAGUUUACAAUCGCUUCAAAUAAAGAGACGUUUUAUUAAUGUUUUGUUAAUUGAAUUGAAUAUAAAUAGCGUUUAAAAUGAGUUUAGUUUCCUAUGAAGCGAGUGAUCACUCUUCAGACGAAGACAGUCCACCACUUGAUCCCAAGUACUCAUCCAAAACCAUAUGUGCCGUCAAUAGCGCUCCCGAAGUGCACGAAGAGUUGAGGAGACAGUCGUCGACUAUAAUUGAUCCCAAAAGCAAAGAAUUGUCUUAUAAUCCCAAAUACGAGGACUUAUUUGCGCCACAAUUUGGUCCACAAAACCCAUUCAAAGACAACUCAUUGAUUGACAACAACUUCUUGACGGGACAUAUAGAGGAGGCGCACGUCAGUCAACACGUGUUUGAACUGCAGAGGAAGCACUUCCACGCCUAUGGCUCGGCCGCCAAUCCCAGCGACGGAUCCAAUGCUGUCAUCACUAAUAAGGCCAUCGCUGGCGACACCGACACGGCUUCGGCCACGUCUGCGAAGCGCAAGAAGUUGGCGAAUAUGGACUCCGCGGACAUCGAUGGCUAUACCGGUCCGUGGGUUCAGUUCGAGAACGAGUCGCGAACCGCCAAACCUUCGGCCGAACAGAUGGAAGAGAUCGAGGCUUUUAUGGCCAAAAAGAAACGCUUCGGUAAGAAGACUGAGGAGAAGGAGAUGGAGGAGAGGGCGACCGUUCAUAUUGAGGACGUAUUCGACUAUCAGGGAAGGUCUUUCCUACACCUGCCCCACGACCUCGACGUCUCACUCAAAGCGGAUCACACGCCCAACAAGUGCUUCCUCCCCAAGAAACUGAUCCACACAUUCACCGGACACACGAAGGCAUUGACUGCCAUUCGAUGGUUUCCCCGUUCGGCGCAUCUCUUCCUCUCGAGUUCGAUGGACUCGAAGGUCAAGUUAUGGGAAGUGUAUAAAGAGAGGCGUUGUGUCGUCACAUAUAUGGGCCACAAACAGGCCGUUCGCGACAUUAACUUCAACCGUAAAGGUGAUCGUUUCAUAUCAUGCGGUUAUGACCGGUAUAUGAAGUUAUGGGACACCGAAACGGGUCAAUGCGUGAAGAGGUUUUCUAACCGAAAGGUGGCGUAUUGUGUAAAAUUCAACACCGAUGACGAACGCUCUCAUCUCUUCCUCUCCGGUAUGUCUGACAAGAAGAUCAUCUGUUGGGACACACGCUCUGGGAAUAUAGUUCAGGAAUACGACAGACAUUUAGGCGCUAUAAAUACAGUGACUUUUGUCGACAAUAACCGCAAGUUUGUGUCGACGGCAGACGACAAGUCCAUUCGUGUUUGGGAGUGGGAUAUUCCGGUCGAUGUGAAAUACAUAGCCGAACCGCAAAUGCAUGCCAUCCCAGCGGUGACGGCGGCGCCCAAUGGCAAGUGGUUGGCGUGUCAGUCGAUGGACAACAAGAUACAGGCCUUCGCGUGUAUGAAUCGAUUCAAACUCAACCAAAAGAAAGUCUUUACCGGACAUAUGGUCGCCGGUUAUGCCUGUUCUCCAGACUUCUCGCCCGAUAUGAGUUAUUUAAUAUCGGGAGACGCGGACGGAAAGGUGUUUAUAUGGGACUGGAAGACCACUCGACUCUUGACCAGCUUUCAAGCGCACGACAACGUGUGUAUAUCCGCUCUCUGGCAUCCGCACGAGACCUCCAAAGUAUUGACCGCCGGUUGGGAUAACAACGUUAAGCUCUGGGAUUAAUCGAUUGCCACACAAAUCGCAAAUACAAAUUGUAUUAUAUUAGAAAUUGAAUCAUCAAAUCACUCAUUGAUCGCAGUUAUUCUCAUUUUAAUGA